CUACUGUUGAUGUUUUUUGCGACCGAAAGGUCGGAACUUGGCAGUUUUUAUAAAACUCCACCGCUUCUGUGCUUCGCUAUCAGCCGCUGAGCCACCCCUCUCUUCGCACCACGCCGCUGUCAGCCAGACCCCUCUUUUCGCAUUCAGCCCUCUCUAGGUUUACUCGUCUCUUCUUGAGCUCUGAUCCUGCUAGUGAGUACUAUAAAGAAGACGGAGGAGGAAGCAAAGAGCUCUGAUUCUCUCCGUGUUAUUUAUCUUGAGAUAUGUUAUUGAGCUCUCUUUUUCUUCAUCUUUCUCUCUCUUUCCCUUGGAUCUCUUCCUUGAGUUCUAAUCCUUUCUAUUGAGCUUUGAUCUGUGUUCUUCAUCUUUCUUGAGUUAUUGGCGUGCCCCGACUGCCCUAACCACAGAGAAGAGACCAUCUUGCGUCUCUUUGCACCUACGAGGUAUUUGCGUGCCCCUGACUACCCUAACCACAGAGAAGAGACCAUCUUGCCUCUCUUUGCGCCUACGAGCCUCCUCACAAAGUUUAAGAGCCAAAGAGUGAGAGUCGAGGUUGAUAUUCUUACUCGCCAUGGACAAAUCUAGUGCUUUGGAGUACAUCAACCAAAUGUUCCCAACAGAGGCAUCUUUAUCUGGAGUGGAACCUCUAAUGCAAAAGAUACGAAGUGAAAUUCGCAGGGUGGAUGGGGAAAUAUUGGCAGCUGUUCGUCAACAGAGUAACUCUGGAAGCAAGGCCAAGGAAGAUCUUGCAGCUGCAACUCAUGCUGUUCAGGAGCUUAUGUACAAGAUCAGAGAAAUCAAGGCCAAGGCUGAGCAAAGUGAAACCAUGGUUCAAGAAAUUUGUUGUGACAUUAAAAAGCUGGACUUUGCAAAGAAACAUAUAACGACAACGAUCACUGCUCUUCAUCGCCUCACCAUGCUAGUUUCUGCUGUUGAGCAACUUCAAGUAAUGGCAUCAAAACGGCAGUAUAAGGAAGCAGCAGCACAAUUGGAGGCAGUUAACCAGUUAUGUAGCCACUUUGAGGCGUACAGGGAUAUUCCUAAAAUAACUGAGCUUAGAGAGAAGUUCAAGACCAUCAAACAAUUGCUGAAGUCACAUAUAUUUUCAGAUUUUUCGAGCUUAGGGACAGGGAGACUGAAGGAAGACAGUAAUUUAAUGCAUCAAUUAUCUGAUGCUUGCUUAGUUGUUGAUGCUCUUGAACCAUCAGUAAGGGAAGAGCUGGUGAAAAAUGUUUGUAGUAGAGAACUCACGGCAUAUCAACAAAUUUUUGAGGGAACAGAAUUAGCAAAGUUAGACAAAGCUGAAAGAAGAUAUGCUUGGAUAAAGCGUCAGGUUCGUGCAAAUGAAGAAAUCUGGAAGAUAUUUCCCAAUUCAUGGCAUGUUCCCUAUUUGCUGUGUAUCCAGUUUUGCAAGGUCACAAGGACGCAACUUGUUGAAAUCCUUGAUAAUCUAAAAGAAAAACCAGAAGUUGGCAUUUUAUUGAUGGCAUUACAGAGGACUCUUGAAUUUGAGGAGGAGUUGGCUGAGAAAUUUAGUGGAGGAACUGGUUCUCAAAAAAGAGAAGGUGGAAGCAAUUCUGAAGAAAUUGAUGUUGAUAAAAGUGAAAGUAACAGCCAAAAUGUUUCAGAUAUAAGGAAGAAGUAUGAGAGAAAGCUAGCUACUCAAUACGGGACUGGAACUGAGCAUGAAAAGGAGAGCCACAAUGACUUGUUUGUGCCUGGAGCAGGGUUCAACUUCCGUGGUAUAAUUUCAUCAUGUUUCGAACCGCACUUGACAGUUUAUGUAGAAUUGGAGGAGAAAAAUUUAAUGGAGAAUUUGGAGAAACUUGUACAGGAAGAGACCUGGGAGACGGAGGAGGGAAGUCAAACUAAUAUUCUUUCAAGCAGCACACAGGUAUUUUUGAUAAUUAGGAGAAGUUUGAAGCGAUGUAGUCAGUUGACAAAGAGUCAGACAUUGUUCAAUCUGUUCAAGGUGUUCGAAAAAUUUCUGAAGGCUUAUGCAGCAAAACUUACUGCCAGAUUGCCGAAGGGUGGCACUGGCAUUGUGGCUGCUGCCACUGGCACUGAUGGACAGAUCAAGACAUCGGACAGAGACGAGAGAGUAAUUUGCUACAUUGUGAACACGGCUGAAUAUUGCCAUAAAACGUCUGGAGAGCUAGCUGAGAAUAUUCUAAAGAUAAUUGAUUCUCAAUAUUCAGACAAGGUGGAAAUGUCUGAAGUGCAGGAUGAGUUCUCUGCAGUGAUAACCAAAGCAUUAAUGACAUUAGUUCAUGGUUUAGAAACAAAGUUCGAAGCUGAGAUGGCUGCUAUGACACGUGUUCCAUGGGGUACACUUGAAAGUGUUGGUGACCAAUCAGAGUAUGUCAAUGGUAUCAAUUCAAUUUUAACAAGCAGCAUUCCAGUCCUUGGAAGCCUCCUAUCUCCCCUUUAUUUCCAAUUCUUCCUAGACAAGCUAGCCGCAUCCUUGGCCCCUCGUUUUUAUCUAAAUAUUUAUAAAUGUAAGCACAUAUCUGAGACUGGGGCUCAACAGAUGCUGCUGGAUACCCAUGCUGUGAAGACCAUUCUCUUGGAAAUUCCUGCUUUAGGAAGACAGAGCUCAACUGCCCCUGGCUAUGCCAAAUUUGUGAGCCGUGAAAUGAGCAAAGCAGAGGCGCUCUUGAAGGUCAUCUUGUCACCUGUUGAAUCUGUGGCAGACACAUACCGUGCCCUGCUGCCUGAGGGUACUCCUUUGGAGUUUCAACGCAUUCUUGAACUCAAAGGCCUGAAAAAAGCAGACCAGCAAGCAAUACUUGAUGAUUUCAAUAAGCAUGGCCCUGGAAUUGCCCCUACUCAGCAACCUCCUCCCCAACAACUAUUGCCCGUUGCUCCAGUAGCUGCCCAAACUGCCCAAAUUGUCGCCCAAGCUGUGGCCCAACCAGCUGCCCGUGAAGACGUGCUCACCCGUGCGGCCGCCCUUGGUCGGGGUGCAGCCACCACUGGUUUUAAGCGUUUCCUUGCCCUAACUGAAGCAGCGAAAGACAGGAAAGAUGGGCCUUUUCGGAAACUGUUUAAUGCUUGAAAAAUUCAAGGUAAUUUGUUUUCUCAUGGAUUCUUUGUUUUUUCUUUUUUCUUUUUUUUUUUCUUAUGGUCUUUGUAUAGUGUUGAGGAUGAGGCAGAUGGUGAGAGCGUGGUUUGCUUAAUCCAUUUUUGGGUUUAUUUUUUUUUGGUCAUCUUAUUAUAAUGAGAGAGAAUUGGUUUCCUCUACUGUUCUUGUUUAUUCACUUAUCAUGAAUAAGAAGUGAAUGGCUCCUGGGCCCUGGCGUGGCGGAUCUCUAAA